AUGGCCAAGAAAGACAAGAAAAAGACGGCCGAACGAAAAGAGCGAGUUGCAGCCAAGCAAUCGAAAAAGGCCGACAAAAAGGACAAGAAAAACAAGGGCAAGGGCCGUGAUGCAGACAGCGAUGUUGAAGAUGUCGAUCUGGACGCCGUGCUGGCUGCAUACGCCGAGGAGCAGGCCAAGUUCCUCAAGGUGACUGAAGAACAGUCCGAGGCGCCUACGCCGCGGUCGUCGUCGACCAUCGUGGCUUCGCCGUCCAACAGGAACGAAUUGCUGGUCUUUGGCGGCGAGAACUUUGACGGGACUCUUGCCACGUUUUUCAACAAUCUGUAUGUCUAUCUCAUUGACAGGGGCGAGUGGCGAGAGGUCACUAGUCCCAAUAGUCCUCUGCCUAGGAGUGGACAUGCAUGGUGCCGGGGUGGAAAUGCAGGCGGUGUCUAUCUGUUUGGAGGCGAGUUUUCGUCUCCUAAACAGGGCACGUUCUAUCAUUACAACGACUUUUGGCACCUAGACCCUUCCUCUCGCGAAUGGAACCGAAUCGAGUCCAAGAAAGGCCCUCCUGCUAGAAGCGGCCACAGAAUGACAUACUACAAAAAUUAUAUCAUUUUGUUUGGUGGCUUCCAAGACACAUCUCAGCAGACCAAGUAUCUCCAAGAUCUAUGGAUCUAUGACUGUACAAGAUAUACUUGGUUCAACCCAGCCCUCCCCCCGGGAACACAAAAACCAGAUGCCAGAUCCUCAUUCAGCUUUCUGCCUCAUGAGUCAGGUGCUAUUUUGUACGGUGGCUACUCCCGUGUAAAGACAUCAACAGGAGCCGGCGGAAAGCCAACGAAAGCCGGUCCGCAGCGAGUAAUCCUCAAGCCCAUGGUCCAUCAAGACACUUGGUUCUUGCGUAUCACGCCCCCCGAUUCCGACGUUUCAGCUUCAACGGGCCCCACCAUACGCUGGGAACGUCGCAAAAAGCCCACGAAUUCACCGAACCCUCCACGAGCGGGUAUUACAAUGGCAUAUCAUAAAGGCCGAGGCAUCAUGUUUGGCGGUGUGCACGAUGUAGAGAUGAGCGAGGAAGGCAUUGACAGCGAGUUUUUUGAUACAAUGUUUGCCUGGAAUCUGGACAGAAACCGUUUCUUUCCGCUCACACUCCGUCGUCCCAAGGCGGCUGGUAAAAGGCAACAAAAUCAGACAAUAAAGACCAGAGACAGAAGUAAAGCAGAUGAAGAAGAGCUGCUACGCAACCUGGCUGCUUUAGAGGCCAAGAAGGGUAUCCACCAGGAAGACGACGACGAAAUGGACAUUGAGACCCCGAAAGUUGAAGAAGGGACAGAGCCGGCGAAACCAGCUGUCGUUCGGUUUGAAAUGCCGCACCCCCGGUUCAACGCGCAGUUGACGGUGCAAGACGAUACGCUGUUCAUAUUCGGUGGCACUUUUGAAAGAGGUGACCAAGAGUUUAUUUUCAAUGAUAUGUACUCUAUUGAUCUGGUCAAGCUCGACGGGGUGAAAGAAAUCUUCUAUAACGAGCCUGCCAAUUGGAACACACUACUCGAGGACAGCGAAGACGAAGAAGAUGAAGGCGAAGAUGAAGAAAUGGACGAUGACGAAGAUGAAGAAGAAGAGGAGGCAAUGUCCGUUGACACACCAUCCGAAGUGCCCACAGAUAUCACCGUGCCGUCUGUGGUGCGCGAUAUGGAACAGCUUGACGUCGAAGACACAGAGGCAGAGCCUGUAAUCAAAGACGACCGGCCACACCCGCGACCCUUUGAAACUCUUCGCGAUUUCUUUGCUCGUACGACUACCGAGUGGCAAAACUACCUCAUGGAGAAGAUGAAACAACGAGGGGAUCCAUCAGAAAAGACAAUCAAGGAACUCCGAAAAGAGGCUUUUGAUCUUGCAGAGGAGAAAUGGUGGGAUAGUCGCGAGGAGAUUAUGGCCCUGGAGGAUGAACAGGAGGCUGCUGGUAUCGGUGAAGUUGUCAGUAUUGCAGACAGAAAAGAAGGCGGCGCCGCCACACGACGAAGAUAG